UUAGUCUGUGUCAGUUUAUUUUGUUUUGCUUUACGCAAAAACGUAAUAUUCUGAUAGGCUUAUUUUGCAAAAUUUCUAAUAUUAAAGCUACUCAAAAGUGGUGCGUUAUUUUAAGAGUUACCUACGAUUCUAAGCAAUCGAAACAAAAAUGAACGAUAUAAAAAAUGACGCAUCCCACAACACUUACAAAAGGUUAAAAGAGGAGCAAACGGACCCAGCAGGAAUGGCAUACGCAAGUCAACCUAUGGAAUUCACAAACCCAAUAUCUGGAGCAUAUCCAAACCCAAGCGCUAUGUCACAGCCAAACCCAAGCGCUUUGGCGUAUCCCAACGCAAGCUCUCUGGGGCUUCCAAAUCAGAGUGCCAUGGCACAGCCAAAUACAAGCGCUACAGCUUAUCCAAACGCAAACCCUCAAGGGCAUCCAAACCAGAGUGCCAUGGCACAGCCAAAUACAAGCGCUAUGACUUAUCCAAACCCAAGCAAUAUGGCAUAUCCUAACCAGAAUGCAAUGGCAUAUGCUAUGGCAUAUCCAAACCCAAGCAAUAUGGCAUAUCCUAACCAGAAUGCAAUGGCACAGCCAAACUCAAACCCAGUGUAUCCAAACCAGAAUCCUACGGCACCAGAUUCAAAGUAUGCCAUGGUAUAUCCGGAAGGAACAACAAAAUAUUCAACUGACUCAGACACUCCCAUCAUGAGCAAUGAACCGCCGAAACCAAACGAUGAGACGAUGGACUUUGAAGUGCACGGAUUUGACUUCAGCGAGCAAUUUAUAAGGAAAAUGUUUAUACGCAAGGUGUACGCUGUGCUGAUGAGCCAGCUUCUACUGACGGUGGCUAUCACGGCCUUCUUCAUGUACUGCGAGCCCAUCCGGGUGUUCAUGAUGCAGCCGCAGAAUAUGUUGCCUGUGUACAUGUCGAUGGGGGUUCUCGGCAUGGUGUUGAUAUGUAUGAUGCUGUGCACGGAGCUGCGGCGCGUGGCGCCAUGGAAUUUCAUCUUCCUGGCCAUAUUCACCGUCACGCAGGGCAUCAUAGUCGGCAUAUUGGCGAUAUACUGCGGAAAGGAUGAGGUGCUCCUCGCGUUCGGUAUCACGGCAGCUGUUGUGCUGGCGCUGACGCUGUUCGCCUUCCAGACGAAAUGGGAUUUCACCACCAUCGGGGGCGGCUUGCUGGCGACGCUGGUGGUUCUUAUUAUAUUCAGCUCGAUAGCGGCGUUCAUGCCUUACUAUCGCACGAUGAAUCUGCUGUACUGCGGCAUUGGGGUGAUUCUGUUUUCGUUCUACAUUAUCUAUGACACUCAGCUCAUGAUAGGCGGCGAACACAAGUACUCUGUGUCCCCCGAGGAGUACAUAUUCGCGGCUCUCACCCUCUACCUCGAUAUAUUGAAUCUCUUCAUAUACAUUCUGCGGUUGCUGCGCUCGUAAAGAUGGUAAACGUAUGUACUAAACGAAGACGUCCGUGGAAGAACCAGGUAAGUAACAGUUUAAGGUUUUUGUUUUUUUGCAUAA